AACAGUUCAAUAGUAGCCUGCACAAGGAGAUAUAAGGAGCCUGGAGCUGGAAGUGGUGUAGUUAGUACUGUAUCUCUGUUGAGCACCAUGGGUAGAUCAGCUGCUAUUCUGAUCAUUUUUGCCAGUUUUUUGCAUACCACAGCAGGUCAAAGCCAAAAGAUGAGCAACUGGGAUAUCUACAGUUUUCACAUCAAUUCCACUGUGACGAGUCGUUAUGCCAUCACAGUCAUCACCAGCCGUGUGGCCAAUCGCCAUGACAACUCCACCGAGAUCUACUUCCAUGUGAAGAUCCCUAAAACUGCUUUCAUCAGCAAAUUCAGAAUGACAAUUGAUGGGCAGAUUUACGACGGGGUGGUUAAGCAAAAAGAGGAAGCCAAGCGGCAGUACAAUGUGGCUGUAUCACAAGGCCAAAGCGCUGGACUUGUAAGUGCUGUAGGCAGAACUUUGGAGGACUUCAAAACAUCUGUGACUGUCGCCGCUCACAAGAAGGUGACCUUUGAACUCACCUAUGAGGAACUGCUGCAGCGUCGUCUUGGCAAAUACGAGCUGCUGAUCAAUGCCCAGCCUGGCCAACCUGUUAAGGACUUCAAGAUUGAUGUUAGUGUGUAUGAAAAGCCUGGAAUAAACUCCCUAGAGGUGGAAGGUUCUUUGGCUUCGAAAGACCUGGCCAAUGCCAUUAAGAAAACACAUGCAGAUAAAGAGGCAUGGGUAAAUUUCUACCCCACACAGCAACAACAGAUGACAUGUGAGGGCUGUGGAGAGAAUGGAUUCAACGGUGAACUUAAAAUUAUCUAUGAUGUUGAGAGGCCACAAUCUCAGGGAGAUAUAAUGGAGCAUGGUGGGUUUUUUGUCCAUUAUUUUGCCCCUUCUGGUCUUCCUCGCAUUCCAAAAAAUGUGGUCUUCAUUAUUGAUCAAAGUGGCUCCAUGCAUGGCAAGAAAAUCCAGCAGACUCGAUCAGCUUUACUGAGGAUUUUGGAGGAUCUGGGUGAGGAUGAUCAUUUUGGCCUGAUCUGUUUUGAUGAUAGAAUAUCACCAUGGAAACGUGAACUCCUCAGAGCAACCCAACAGAACCUGGAAAAUGCGAAAGCAUUUGUUAGAUCAAUACAAAAUAGAGGAAGUACAGACAUAAAUGCCGCUGUAUUGAAAGGUGUGGAAAUGAUCAAAAGAUAUCACAAAGAAGGCUCAGCUUCCGUCCUUAUACUGCUGACUGAUGGAGAUCCCACCUCAGGUGUGACCGACCUGAGUAGAAUCCAAUCUAACGUGAGAGAGGCCAUUGGGAAGAAGUUCCCUCUGUACUGCCUUGGAUUUGGUUUUGAUGUGAACUUUGAGUUCCUGCAGAAGAUGGCCCGGGAGAACAGUGGUCUGGCACGCAGGAUCUACGAGGACUCAGACGCAGCUCUACAGCUCAAGGGUUUUUAUGAAGAAGUUGCCAUUCCUCUCUUAACCAGUGUAGAGAUGAACUACACGGGUGCUACAAACCUGACCCAAACCACCUUCAGUUAUUAUUACAAUGGCUCGGAGAUUGUAGUCGCUGGAAAAAUCCUUAACAAUAACAUAGAUGACUUCAGUACAGAAGAAAUAAUCUGCGAAAUCAUAGCAACAUCGAAAAACAGCAAGGUGAAGUACAGUGAUAUCAAGGCCUCUAAAGAUGACAAACUGCCUGCAGUGAUGAGUGGGUUUGAGAACUUCCUCCAGAGACUAUGGGCCUGCCUCACCGUGAAACAGCUUCUGGAGAAGGAGUUGAUACUGACCGGCGAGGAGAAGGAGGCAGUGAAGAAGGAGGCCCUUGAUCUCUCUCUCAAGUACAGUUUUGUGACCCCACUCACCUCUAUGGUGGUCACCAAACCCGAGGGCGAGGACUCUCAGGUGGCCAACAAACCCAAAGAAGGAGAGAAGCCUCCUCCUCAAUUUCCAUUCAUAAUGGGACCACCUGGACCACCUGGACCACCUAGACAUCCUGGACUUCCUGGAAUUCCUGUUAGUGCUGGAACUGGUUUUCGAGGUGCUGCUGGAGGGGCUUUUUUGAUUCCACAGAUGGGCAGCAGGGCCUAUGAUGAUCUGAGUGGGGCUUUUUUGAUUCCACAGAUGGGCAGCAGGGCCUAUGAUGAUCUGAGUGCAUCUCAUCCAGAUGCUCCUUUGGUCUUUGCUACUUCUACAGCAUUAUUAUUACCAGAAACGACUCCAAUACCAGUACGGAAGCCUGUGAGGUUCUUGAUGGCUGCCGAGGGCCAGUCUCUGCCGCUCUGCUUUGACCUCCCAGCAGGCCAUUCUGUCAAACUGCUGCAGGACUCUGCAUCUGGGCUGUCUAUGAAUGGUGAGUUGACGUCUAGGGAAGGUAAGGGCUUCCAGAGGGUCAUCAUUCAUGUUGACACCACCGAACAUAUUGAGUGUGCCACCGAUAAAAUAACUCUGACGGAUGAACGGGGAACUGUCUCUUUCCUGUGGACACAGACACAGACGCACAGAACACACAGCAUGAUUUUAAGUCUCAGGGAAAAUGAGAUGGAGGUCUCCUCUGGAUCCUUACUUAUCAUCAUCUUUCUUCACCAAAAGGACGGGGACAGAUUCCUGUGGCCUGCUGUUAAACAACGGCCAUCAAAUACUGCCUUAGUGGGCAUUAUGGGGAAAGAAUUGGUCACAUAUGAAGAAAACCAGUCUACAUCAAAACUGAGGAUUAAAGAUGAGGAAGUGAAAGCAUCAAAGGUUUCUGCUCAGGACUUCAGUAUCAAGACUGCACCCAUAGUGUCAUGCUGGCUUGUGGAGGUGAAGUUUGCCCUACAGGGAGAGCUGUCUGAUUUUACAGUUCCCAAGCUGUAAAUUCUAACAUAUGGACCUCCUUUGAAUUGUUCAGCAUUGACUCCCAGGUCAUUAAUAAAUCCUUUUUAUAAGCAUA